AAAAAAUGGCAUUUCCUAGGUAUUCCCAACGGGAUAGAUUCUUCCGGGUGUCGCGAGACAGGCUCGAGAGAGAGUAUGAGGAAGAGAGAGAGUAUGAGGAUGAGGAAUUAAGAGGCAUUCAUAGGCGACUACAACCGGGUCGGGUUGAUAAGCCACGAGGCAAUAAUAACAACAACAAUUACAACCGCAACAACAACAAUUACAACCACAACAACAAUUACAACCAGAACAACAACAAUUACAACCACAACAAUUACAACAGCAAUGGUUAUAAUCAACAUAACAACAAUAGCGAUGCUGUUAGAAAUAAUAAGGCAGCAAUGGAAGCAGAGAAAUAUAAGGAAUUAUGGGAGGAAUCAGAAGAAUCAAAAGCUCGAUUAGAAAAACUGUUUCAACGUGACAUAAAAGAACUUUAUGAAGAUAGGCGUGAUGCUGCUAACGAUAUGGCUGCAAAAGAAAAGAAAUUUGUCAACAAGUUGAAAGCUUUGGAAGCUAAGCUGAGCAAUGAGAAAAUAUUGAAUGAAACAUUAAGCCAGAAAGUCACUAUGCUGAAGAUGCGAGAGGAAGAGCAUGCUUUAUCGGUUGCUGAGAACAAAACGGCAAUUAAUUCCGAAUUGGAAAGUAAAGAAAGGGAAGUACGCAAGUUGAAGGUGCAACUCGAAAGCAAUAAGAAGAACUACGUGAAGAAGUUGGCCGAACUGAACUUCACCAUCCAGGAAAUGAAGAAGCGUUCCGUGGAAGAUUCUGAUAUUGCGAAGGAACUGGAGGAAGCGAAGAAGAAGAUGAACAGGGACAUCAAAGUACUGCAGCGGCAAAUCUUCAAACUGCAAGCCACCAACGAUCGGCUGGACAAGAGCAAAAAUAAUAUCCAAUCGGAGCUGGAGGAUGCCACCAUCGAACUGGAGACGCAGCGUACUAAGGUGCUAGACUUGGAAAAGAAGCAGAAGAACUUCGACAAAGUUCUCGCCGAGGAGAAGGCCGUCAACGAUCAGCAUGCCCAGGAACGGGAUGCUGCCGAGCGGGAAGCUCGCGAAAAGGAAAUCAAGGUGUUGUCGUUGACGCGGGAGCUGGACGAAGCGUACGAGAAGAUCGAGGACCUGGAAACGAAACGGAAAGCACUGCAGAACGAGUUGGAGUCGAAGUUUAUGGAAUGCGAGCAAAAGACUUUGGAAUUGGAAAAGGAGAACCAUCGCAUGAAAACGGUUAUUAUUAAUUUAGAGCAAGAGAAAAGUGACAUUUCUUUGAAGUUUGUGGAAUUCGAACGAAAGAUUUUGGAUCUAGAAAAGGAGAACCAUCGUAUGAAGACAGUUGUUAUUAAACUUGAGCAAGAGAAGAAUGACCUAUCUUCGAAGUUUAUGGAUUCUGAGCGAAAUAUUUUGGAUUUGGAAGAAGAAAACCAUCGUAUGAAAACUGUUAUCAUCAAGUUGGAGCAACAGAAGAGCGACCUUAGUAAACACUUGCCAGAAUCUAUUGAUAAAUCGGAAAAGCUACUCAAUGAAAAGGAUACGUUGUCAACUAAAGUUCAAGAACUAGAAGAAAAUUCAAAAUGUUUCAGUAGCUAUGAAAAAGUUACAAGUUUUAAUGGUCCAAGUGAUAUUUUUUGCGCAAUUAAGGAGAAAACGCAGAACAAAUUGACCUCAACGCUGAAACAGUUAAAGAAAGCCCAUGCGGAGAAAGCUAUGAGCGAAAACUGCAAUACUAAAACUCGGUUGAAAUUGCAACAGCUACAAGAAACUACCUAUGAUAACGAGAACUUUUUUCAAGAACUCCAAAGCCAAAUCAAACAACAAGAAACUGUUGAUACCAAAGAGGAAGCAACUAUUGCGAGUCUCGCAAAACGGAAUUACUUCGAACCACUCGACAAUCUUUUAAACGAGAUAGAUUUACUACGAGGUUGUGUCUUUUCGGAAAACUAUGAGUGCCUAACGGAACUCCUGUGGGAUGACCACGGUUGAUUUGAACCAAAAACAACAUUUAUCAACAAUAAAUAUUUUUUCUUCUCGUUUACAACAAUUGUAAAUACCCAUACUGACAAAGGAGAGCUAAUUAUUCCUCAUGUUAAAAUAUUGUCGAUGAUAUUGACUAAUUUACAUUAUGAUUAUGAAAAAUAUAUAUAGGAAUAGAUUAUACAACUAAGUUGAUCAAAUUUAAAUAAAAAUAGAGAGUGACUACAUGAUAUUAAACACAUUACCUAUUACAGGAAGAGCGAUUGAUAUGAAUAAUAUCAGUGCAAAUAUAAGCGAAAAUCAUAUUCAUCUGUCACCGCUCAGGAUAAAGUGGUAAAUUGAAUUAAUGAAAAAUGAGAGGAAUUUCAUACCCUCUAUAAAUACAAAAUGAAAAUUAAAAGUAAAAUGGAGAGGAAUUUCAUACCCUCUAUAAUUAUAAAAUGAAAAUUUAAUUGAAAUGAGAGGAAUUUCAUACCCUCUUUAAAAAUAAGUGAACAUUAAUUAAAAAUGAGUGGAAUAGAAUACCCUCAGUAAAUAUAAAAUGAAACAUUAAAAGAGAAGUAAGAGAGGAAUUACAUAACAAAAAAAUAUUGAUAAACUAUGAGCCUACAGCUAAUUUAUAACAAUGAAUGCGUCCGUCAAACUCAGUUUUGAAUGUACCGAAGGGCUGGAAAACCAGAGUAACUACUAUUCUGUAAGGGCCAUAGAUAUCAAAGAACAAAGAGAAAUAAAGAAUUAAGGAGAGGAAAACACACCCUCCAGGAAUACAGAAAAUACAAGGAAAUAAUUGAAGAAAAAUAAUAAAGAAGAGGAAUACACACCCUUCAAUAACAUAAUAAACGGAAAAUAUGAACGAAAGGAGAGAUGAUUUAGGUGAGGAACACGUACCCUCCAAUGAUUUAAUAGUACAGAAACUAAUACGAGAGCA